AUGAUUUCCGCGCUUCUCAAGGGCAAGGCUUUCCGCUCCUUCCGCCUUCCGUUCCGCACUACAUCUCCUGACGCCACUCCCGUAGCGCGAGUCACCCUACCAGCGUCCAUCGCUUCUGUACGUUCUGAGCUAUCUCCCCCCGCCAACCCGUUCGCCAUGGCCGCCGUCGCCGCCGCAGCUCCAGUAACGGCAGCGGGAGGUGCGGCAGCGGGCGCGGGAGCAGCGGCGGCGGAGAUUCGGCAACCGCGGAAGGCCGUGCGCACGCUGCUGUCGCGGGAGCAGGCGGAAGGCGCGGGGGCGCGCGUCAGGCGCAGCAUCGGCAGGCCGGAGCUGCGGCAGCUCGACCCCUUCCUCAUGCUCGACGAGUUCAAAGCGGCGGACGCGGCAGCAGGCUUUCCAGACCAUCCCCACCGAGGCUUUCAAACCGUCUCCUACCUCAUUCAGGGCUCGUUCGUGCACGAGGACUUCAACGGCCACAAGGGCCAUAUGCAUGCAGGGGACGUGCAGUGGAUGACAGCUGGCAGGGGCGUGGUGCACUCGGAGAUGCCUGGCGAGGGCCCCACCCACGGGCUGCAGCUCUGGGUCAACCUGGCGGCCAGAGACAAGAUGGUGCCAUCAGCCUACCAGGAGCUGAGGGACGCGGACAUCCCCAAGGCGUCCCUCAACGGGGUGCACGUGGCCGUCAUUGCUGGCACCGCCCUCGGCGCCUCCUCCCCCGUCGUCACCCGCACGCCCACCUCCUACCUCUCCUUCCGCCUCGACCCUGGCGCGCACCUCGCGCAACCGCUCCCCACCGCUUGGAACGCCUUCAUCUACACGCUCUCUGGUGCCGCCAGCAUUGGGGAGCGGGGGGCGGAGGCCACGGGUGCGCAUCACACGGUGGUGCUGGGGGCGGGGGAUGGCGUGCACGUGUGGAACGACGGCGCGGAGGAGUGCCGCUUUGUGCUGAUAGCGGGGCAGCCUAUAGGCGAGGCGGUGGUGCAGUACGGCCCCUUUGUGAUGAACACAGAGGCAGAGAUUGAGCAGGCUCUCAGUGACUACCGCCGCGGGGUGAACGGGUUUGAGAAGGCCAGGACUUGGCGCUCUGUGCAUGGACGGAGUGGGUAG